AUGAGUGGAUUACUUCAUCUUUUACCCCCGGAAGUACUCACUCACAGUAUUCUAGCAUUUAUUCCUCACAAUUCCUUGAUUCAUCUUAGGUUGGUGUGUUCCGAAUUUGAUCACUUUAUUUGGGAUUAUUGGAAAUGCACAAAAACUUCAUAUUUAAUACAUUUCCGAAUGUUUGAUCAGCAAUUCAUUCGGAUUGCACAAACCUACCUGAGUAAACUUCCCAAACUUCGGUCCAUCACUCUACAAAAUUUAGAGGAGGCCAACCAAAGGUUCUACGACUUGGAAGGUGAUGGUUUGAUCAAAGGCUUGAGUUAUUUAAAUAAUAUUGAAUAUUUGGAUUGUCAUAAAUUGAUCAAGGUAAAGCCAUCAUUUGUUGAAGAGUUGGCAGAAGGUGGUGAUUUGGCCAACACAGUGACCGAGUUGGUUUUGCCACAAUUUUGGGCAAAACCUAUCCAUCUAGACUUUACCCCUUUUAAAAAGUUGAAACGAUUAUCCUUUGUGAAGGGUGUUGAUGAAGGUUUUGUUGGCAUUGCUGGUAUACAGUUUCCACCUUCAUUGGAGUAUUUCAUGUUUGGAUUCACGGCCAAUAACCAAAUAUUAGAACCAUUGAGCCAAUGUAAGAAUUUGAAAGAAAUUGUGUUACCAGAAAUAAUAUCGUGGAGUAGUAUUUCAAAACUGUUAAAGCAUUUGGAUUUAAAUAGUAUUAUAAUGAGAGGUGUAGAUGCUCAAACUUUCCCUCUCCAAGAAUCUACUCAAUUUUUAACAAAUGUUAAUACUCUCCAAUUUACUGCAAGCAGGUUCAACUUGAAGCCUUUGCAAAGUUUAAAAUAUUUAGAAAACUUGACUAUUAAUUUUUCUAGAGACAAGAAUAUUGAUCUGCUGCACAGUGCACUCAGUGGAUUGACCAACUUGAAGAGUAUUGAUUUCACUUUCGACGAAGAUACCAACUAUGAAUCUAAAAAGACUUUUCCCCCUGUAAUGUUUUCAAAAUUACACACUUUGAAAAUUAAGAAUUGUUUAUCGAGCAAGGCAAUUAUGAGUUUAAUUGUCUUUCUAUGCAGUCCUUCUCUCAAGGAGAUAUCCCUAUGUGAUGAAUAUAUUUAUGACGAUAUAGUGUCGAGCCCAUUAUUAUGCCUAAAGAACUGUCCACUACUUGAAAAAAUGGUUAUAGAUUUACCUUCUAGUUACCUUUUAGACGUAUUUAAAUUUUUCAAAGAAUCAAACACAGUGAAAUUGAAAGUUCUAAAGGGAUAUUCAUUUGAUGAAAAAUUAAUCGAUAUGUGUCCCAAUAAGCACACUGUAGAAGAAUUGGAAACGUCAAAUAAUAUAGUAGAAGCUUUGGAUUUGAGAGAAUUUUCCAACUUGAGAAAAAUGACAUUGAAUAACCAUGAUGAGGAUGUGAUAAUAGAGCUCCCAAAUUCUUUGCAACAUUUGAAAAUAGAAAAUCUUCAUUCAUCCUCUAAUAUUUUAAAACAAAUAGCUAGACUUCCAUUUCUAAAGACUUUGAAUUUAGUUAUACACAAUCUUAGGGAUGAAGAUUUAAUAGAAAUGAUUGAGAAUAUGGAUGACAAUCCUCCAAUAAGCUCACUUAUCAUCAGAUAUUCAGAGCAUUUAACAAAUUCUAUUAUUGGUCCCCUAGAAAGAAAGAUGGUCAAUUUAACAACUGUUCUUAUUGAUGACUGUCCAAAAAUUAGAGAUUGUGGUGAAAUUACAUUGCUCGAAUAUGAAAAGAGAUUUGUAUUUUCAUCUAUCUAUUCUGAGUUUGAGCAACCUCCAGUUGAACGUUUACAUUUAUUUGUCAAGAAUAAUUUAGGAAAUUUAGAUGGUACACCAGAAACUAUCAUAACAAAGAUGAAAUCUCAAAUUGAAUUAUUAACAUCUUCCGGGAAACUGACAGAGUUGUAUUUCACACUUGUUGAAUUUAUAUCUAGAGGCUAUUUGAGUGGUGCUGAUUGUAAAACUACAUGGUUCUUUUACAAACACAUUAUUAACACCUAUACUGAAAACCAAAACGACAGAAGUACUCAAAGAAAUACUCAAAGAUAUCUUAUAGAUAGAAUUAUUCACCAAAUUUCAGAUGAGUUUAUGGAUGGGCAUAGAGAGGAAAUUUUGGACUGUCUUUCUAAAAAUCUUCAUCGAUUUUUCAGCAGAUUUUCAGAUGUGGCAAUAAUAUUGUUGAAUCAUAACCGUUAUGAACAAGUUUUGAAAUAUCUGCCAUUUGUUGGUCUUAUUAGACUCAAUCCUGUUUGCCAAGAAGUGAUGAAGUUAUUUGUGGAGGGAAAAUUAAGACUAUUGGAUUACUAUAGUUUAUCAAUUAUCGAACGUGUGAUGGAUCUUUUCUGCCGUUCUGGAAUAUCCGUUGAGUAUGUAAGAUUGCUCGAAUCAUUCUUCCAACUAGUUGUCCAAACAUACUUGAUCAAAACUCCUUCAUUUCCUAAUGCUAACGACCUGGAUAAGUUGGAUGAAAUCCAAAAUAAUAUAGUACAACACCAGCCGGCUAUUGAAAAUGAUUACGUAGAUAAUUAUGUUCAAAGAGUAGCUAUUCCUUCUUCCUCAUCUGAACAAAUGGAAUUAUCUAUUGAUGAAUUGGUGAGAUUAUUUUCUCCUCAUUUUGCAGAAAGUGAAUAUACUAGGAUUAACAUUUCACCUAACGAGUUCAAGACUAAAAAAUUCACCAUUGAAGGGCAUGAAUGGCUACUUUCAAUUGAUGAAUCAGUUACCUUCAAACUAAUACUUUCUAAGCCAAAAUUAGAAUCUGGAAUAUUAUUUGGUCAUACCAUAGCCCACUGUUGUAUUAUUUUCCCAAGUGGAAUGACCAAUUUCCAUGUGUUUACCAACAAAUUCAUACCACAGUCUGACUAUUCUUACAAUAACCAUGUCUCCUUCCCAGAAGAGCCAUUCAUUCUUUGUAUGAAAAUAGUUGAGAGCAAGUAUUACACAGUGGAAGAAAUUACCUCUUUAUUGGGGGAUAAAACUAUUCAAGAACCUGAAGUGAAAGCGUUGAUAACAAAAUCUGCUUGGCUUGCAAGAAAAAUUCACAAGAAUAGGCUAGUUCAGUACAAAAACGUUAGAGUUAUUACUACCACUGAUCUAUCAGACCAUGCAUUUGCCAGCCAAGAAAUGGAUAUAUUUGGAUCUAAGCACAUUCUAUACAUACGACCAAAUGUUGAAGGAUAUUUUUACAUUGACUUUGGAACGUAUUUGAGCUCAUCUCCACAUUUAAAAUUGAGUUACCUCAUUGCUAAUGAAACUUUGGAUGAGGAAUCAAUUGCUAUUUCCAAAAUUAACAAACCACUAUACGAAACUCACGAUCUUAACUUUUUGAUAUUUGGUUAUGAAAAUAUCGCUAUAAGAGGCAAAUCUAACAUAUUCGAACAAGGUAUUUACAAACCUAAAAUCAUCACCAAAGAAAAUGGCAAUACCUAUUAUCAAUUUACUGUUCAUUUGGUUAUUGUCUUGGAGGAUUCUCUAAUUGGUUUCGAACCAGUGUUUUCAACAAACAGGCUUGCUGGAUAUGACAGUAGUGAAUUUAGUGAUGAUGAUGAUCUCGAUGUAUAUUAG